GAGUCAAACAUUCACUAUUAUAGAAACCAGUGACCGUUCACWUAUUCAACUACUGUGCGACACAGAGUCUAAUAGUCCAACAUGUCCAAACUAUGGGAAGCAAGAGGAAGACCGUAUCCGUCAGKAGCAGGAGGAGAUGGAGCGGCGAAGACAGGAGGAGKAACGAAGACGACAGCAGGAGGAGYYGAGGRGCCAGGAGCAACUGGAGAGGGAGAGYACGAUCCAGCAAGAAAUCGAAAGGGAGAGCGAACUUUCGMGUAAGAAGGUGUCAAAGGGACGAGAAAAGCUGAGACAGAAGCUGAGUCUAAAAGGACAACAGCGCCAUCACCAGCGUACACAAGUACUACACCAGAUGAUAGAAGAUCACGCUCCAGCAAUCAAAAGGGAUGAGCACGGGGACUUGAAAAAUAAGUUUGAAGAACUUCUGAAGAAAUACGAGAUCACUGAAGACAAAAGCAUGCAAGAGGACAAACUUGAGAACCGAAUGAAAAAUCUUCAGAAUGAACUAACCCUUCAAUACUUUGGAGAGCCUCAACRGUCCAUCUGGUGUCAGUUGACCAUAGAUCGUGCUAUCAGCCAAGGAGAGKAAUCGCUCACUGAGCAGUUUAGCAUCCUCACGGCUGUGACAGAGCUAACGUUGACCAACGACUCGGACACAGACAGUAAAGAGGACCAACUACCUGACUGGGACCAGAAGUAUGACUUUCUCAUCCGUCUUCUUGAACAGCUGUACAGCACAAAUCCCACAGUGMCUCAAKAACUUGUURUGAGCAUUCUUGACGUGUUCACAGAGGUGUCAGAGAAAAACAAGGGGCUCCUUAGUCAAAUUCUCUUCAACAUGAUCUGGACACCUUCAGAAAUUCUGCUCUUCUUGCGAGGUGUUUCAGGCAUAAACCAAGAGUUAGCAACCUCGAUCCUUCAUACUGUGCGGACAAACAAGCUGGAUCUUCUCUCUACUCUCUCUGCCCUGAAAGAUAAAGACCCUGUCAACUCUCUAAAAAGGUAUUCUGAGGCAGAAGGYGACAAGGAUYCRGACACCAUUGUGAAUGAAAUGCAAAAUGAAAAGUACCCAGAGAWAAUAUUGURCAUAAUGAAYGAAAUUCUAGGAUAUAUGACAGAGGAGCUUCCAAAACAUGCAAAGGAGGACUUGGAUCAGGUAAAGAUAGAGGAAGCAAAGCAGAUGAUCAAGUCACUGGAUUUUAKUWACCCUGACCUUGCUGUUCUCAAGGAGGUCCUAAUAAGGAUGUCUAUUGCUGUGCAAGACUGCUCAACCAUUMACACUCAAAACGGUAAGAAAAUAGAAGGCUACRUUCCCCGACUCACUCAGUUGGCAUCACUGCUCAUGCUCCUUCUACCAAASUUAACAGGGAAAAAAGGUAUCCUUCUGGAAAURGGCACAGGUGAAGGAAAAUCWUGCAUCUUGGCUAUGUUUGCCACCAUCCAGGCRGUCCGUGGCACUAAGGUUGACGUUGUGACCAGUUCUCCAGUCCUUGCUCGCCGAGACCAAGAGGAGUGGAAGAAACUGUAUGACAUGUUUGGUGUCACAUCCUCUGUUGUGCCACCACCACAGAUACAGGGAAGCUCCCCUGAAAGCAGGGAUAGUAGGCUACAGGAYGCUUACAGGAAACAAUUAGUUUACGGAACCGUUGGCAGCUUUGCAGCAGACGCAUUGAGGCAGGAAUUCGAGAAGGAGACCACACGUGGGGAGAGGAGGUUCGACAUGGUGAUUGUGGAUGAAGUGGACUACAUGACUUUGGACAAUGGAGUUCAGGUGACGUUUCUAUCCCACGAGGCAAGUGGCCUGAGGCACCUCGGACAGGUCCUUGCUAGCAUAUGGGCCAUGGUAUCUAUGUGUCAGCCAAUUGAGAUGGAAGAUACUGGAGAGAUUGAGUGGGCAACUGGAAUCCAGCAUUUUCACAAGGCUGCAAAGUUAGCUGUUAUCGGUCCAGCGACAUCUAAAGAAUUCUCUGAAUUUCACAUUUUGGAAGCCGGAGUGGAGUUGGGUAUCUAUUCAGAUGAAGAUUUUGACAUGUUCAUGCAAGCUCUAGAGAACACAGAGAAAGACGAUACAACGGAGAACAGGAUAACUGUCGAUACAUUSAUGGCCAAAGUUGGAAUUACUCAACAGUGUGAUCUGCUCACCAUCAUGGAGAAAGCACUGGAGAAUGAUGUGGCCAUUGACUGUUACUCUGUGACAAACAAUAAAGCCGUGCUGGUUGAGGAGAAAAAGUUGCACAACAACCCUGAUAUCCUGGAAAUCAAAAUGCUUCUCCUCGAGAAUGGACGAGCCAGCGAGAUCAUACCUGAAGACAAACUCAUUAAGGCAACUGUCUCUGAGCUGAAGUCUAAAAUCAAAUAUUCUGGCAACUCUCAGUCAAACUCAGAGUUUCUUGUGAUCCCCUCUUUCCUUGAGAAAUACCUUGAGAAUCGGUUACCAGUCUUUGUGGAAAACGCCCUGAAAGCCAUCAUGAUGACACAAGGCAGAGAGUACAUGAUUGAUCAAACGUUGGAGGCUGUCGGAGACAAGCAUCUCUACCAUGCUAUCAUCCCAGUGGACUUCCAGGCCAGUGGAGUGUUGGAGAAGAACAAACGCUGGGGGGACGGCCUUCAGCAGUUUCUGGAGAUGAAACACCAGCUGGCAACCACUCCUUUGUCCAAUGUGACUAAUUACCUUUCAAACUUCCAUUACUUUCAAAAGUACCUAAAAGGGAAUGGGAUAUUUGGUGUGUCUGGGACAUUAGGGGGCGAUGCCGACAAAGAUUUCCUUGCAAGGCAUUAUAAAACAGACAGCUACACAAUACCAGCUCACCGCCAUAAGAAGGUUGUUGAGCUUCCAGCAAUUCAGGUCAGUGGGCAAGCCCAGUGGAUGGAGAUCCUCUGUAAGACAGCAAUGAGAGUGGCAGAKAGUGGUCAGGUUGUCUUGGUCGUAUGUGAGGAUGUCAAGACCGCAAACGAGCUUCUGAAGAAAAUAGAGAGCGAGAAUCCACAUCCCCCCAUCACAUUAUACACAAUCAGUGAGAAACACAACAUUGAGAGUACCAAAUUCAGAGGGGGACAUYUAAUCAUAGCCACAAAUCUAGGAGGUCGUGGAACAGAUAUCYAGGUUGAUCAGGAUGUCAACKUARGUGGUGGCCUCUUCGUCCUCCUGACACAUUACCCUGGCAGUCGCAGAGUGGAGAAACAGGUGUUCGGAAGAACUGGUCGGAAGGGAAACCCGGGCAUGGUCCAGAUGAUCCUCUGUGGGGAUAACCUUGCCCCAGCAUACCAGGGCCAGCCUGUGGAGGUCAUGAGACAACUGAGAGAGGAGUACGAAGUUCAACGCAUCAAAGAUAUGGAGACAGAUGAGCUUCUAGAAAUAAAAAUAAAAGAGGACCUGUUUGGCACGUUUUGUGACUUUCUUGACAAGUUUGAUGGCAACUUCACAAAACAGGAGAGACUUGACCUGUCGGGAAUGGGGCGGAAUGAUGUCCCUGAGUGUUUUAAAGAUAAAGGCCCUAAGUUUGAUUACCAGCCUGCACUCAAUGCUUUGAAAGAAACAUGGGCGUUGUGGCUUACCCUUCACGAGGAGCACAUCCGUGAGCACGAAGAUAUCAGUGUUCUUAAAGCAGACCUUCUUGAGCAUAUCACAAAUAGGGGCAACAUGCUGCUGAAUGGAAAAAGUCAAAACUUCUAUGACCACAUUAAGCAGGCUACCGGCAGAACAGACUUGCACCUCCGCAACAAAAGUAAGUGUGACUAUGAAGCAAAGUCCUACUGGAAAGAUGUUGAGGAAUGUGACCCUUUUUACAGUGCUGUGGCAAUGUACAACCAAGCCUUCAUCACCAUCAACAUGGGCAAAGAUGGCUACAAAACAGAGGCACGGGAAUUACUGGAAAGGGCAAAGACAUCUGUGGAUGUUUACUUGUCAGAAACCACAAAUACCAUGGUUUCUUUUCAGAUUGCCACAAGAGGCAACUUUGAACCACAUCAUGAAGGAGAACGCAACUUUCUAAAGCAAAUAGAUUCCAGGAUGAGCAUUCACAAAGCUUGGAUACUUAACAUUGACCUUGCAGUAAAUAAACUUAAAGAGCUUGAGGGUGAAGGRACYGCKYUAACAGAYGUAUCCUCAGUGUACAGCCUCUCAGAAAAUCAAGACUACAUCACAGGAAAUGAACUCACGGCCUUGUAUGACAAUGGCCUGAGCAUUGUGUUUGAGGUGAAAAAGAAGCCAGAGUUCAGCUUUGACGCUUUGAUCUGUUUCAUCAUCGGUAUGUGUCAGGUCAUCCUUGGAGUUCUGGUUUGUGCCCUGUCGUUUGGCGCUGCAACCCAGAUUGGCUUCAGUCUAAUCUCUGAAGGAGUCUCUGACAUGAUUGAAGGGAUAUCUGGCAUGAUAUCGGGCACAUUCAAUUGGGCACAAUGGGCCAUCUCCAAAAGCAUCAGCAUUGGGAUGUCUCUGCUCUCCGCGGGGUUCAGCGCCAUUAAAAAAGUUGCCGUCACAGCAUAUAAAGUCCUCAAUGGUACUAAGAAACUCUCAUCUGUUGCAAAGGAAAUCAUUGGCACAGGAAAAUAUGUUUUCAAAUCCGCACAGGGAGCAGCAAAAUCUAUCUCCAAAGAAACAAUUAAGACUGCAACAAAGAAACUGGCAUCCCCUACAAACAUGAAGAUGGCUCUAAAACACGCAACCAAGUAUGCAUUUCAGGAGGUAGGGAAGCAGGGUGUAAUCACAGGCAUUAACUACGCCAUCGAUGCUGGAAUUGGGGCCAUCUUUAAAAUAAUUUUAGAAAAAGCUUUCAAAGACAUGGUCAAUUCAACAGUCAAAAAGAAUGCCGAACUAGAUCUUAGUCUCACUGAGUACAUUAGCUCUGCAGUACCUAAAGGAGCUUUGCAGAACCGCAGCAACUAUAAGAUUGACUCAAAGCUUGAACAACAAAUGAAAGAUUUAGUUCAAGAUAUGACAAAAUAUCUUAUUCCUGGCCUCAUGACUGAUGCCACCACAUCCCAAGUCAGUAAUGUUAUCAGCAGACUGUCUGAGGUGUGCAAUAAUGCAACUGACCUCGUGGCAAAAAGUUGUAUUGCAAAAGGAGUCAAAAUAAGUUUAGAAAUAGCUAAACACACCACAACCUUGGUCCAAAUGAUUCGGUCCAUUCCUACAGAACAUGUUAUCAAUGACAUAUUUGUCCUUGAAUUAAAAAAAGAAAUUGAAGAGCAGCAACAACAUCUGGAGCAGUAUGACCAAGAUGGCAGACAUGAUUUACCAGAUGUGAUUCGCRUGAAGGAUGAGUUCCUAAYCUCCAUUUCMGAAAGUGUCUCCGAAGCGUUCAUAGAUGCUUGUGCUGGUCAUAUGUCCUUUUUUGUGACGGGACUAUUCAAGAAGAAGCUCAAUGGAGUCACUGGAAAAGCUGUUGACAAUGUACUUGGCAGACACAAAACUGAGGGCUUUUUCCAGGACCGGCAGCAUAAACAUGAUAUGAAGUCAGUCAGUCAGAAGYCUGGGAAAGCUCUGUCAGAGACUGAAACAAAAGAACUUCUGGACUAUGCAGAGAAGAUUGGUGAUGUUAAUCGACCAGCCUCGGCCCUGGACAUUUAUGUCCUCACAAACAGUGACCUGCUCCAUGGUAAAGGCAUCCAGUUCAAAGUGGUGGAUCAAGAUGGGACAACACUCUCAGAGGAGUCCUACCCGGGAACYAACAGCUCAGCCGGCCAAAUCACUCUACGGCUGACCAAAGAGCCUGAGAAAACACACAGUGAGAAAGGAAUCCUCUCUAAAGCAAAAGACAGAAUCCAAGGAGUGGAAAGUCCAUACAGUGGUCACUUUGACAUCAUCCAAGAUGGCAAAGUAAUCCCUGUGRSCUCAGAGAACAAGAACUGCCUGUACCAUGCCCUAGCACAGGCAACAUCUAACAGGUCAGAGGAUGAGAUCAAGAGUCAAGCUGUGAAUCUACGAAACAAUGUUAAAGACCAGAUUAAAGGGAACCUUCAGGAUUAUAGUGAAAUGGUUAAAACCCAGAAGGCCAAUGAUGCACUUGAGAGAAAUCAUGGAAAAUAUGCUAUAGUUGGAGGGGUCGGGAAGAGAACACAGAGUGAUGAUGAAAAGGAAUAUGAACAGGAUAUCAGGCCCAUGAAGAAAUUUCCAUAUAGUUCCUCAGGGAUAAAUGAGGAAGACAUAGCCUUUACGUACCACCUUGGAUUCGUUGGUCCUUACAAAAGAGUCAAAAACACCAAAUAUUACUCUGAUAACAUGGGGGAAAGAGGCAUUAUGGAGGCAGACCAUAUCCCACCAAAGAGUUCCCUGAAGCUGGCCAGAGACCAAAAAUCUCAGAUGAAAAAUCUUCAACAGAAGAAUCCAAAGCUUUAUGAUAUGAUAAACAGCAUUGUAUCAGAUCAAAAUGGAGAGAACCUGCUCACAAUGCGGGUUCUCAAACAGCAUCACAGGAUUGCUCUAACCACUGGAAACAGUAAGACAUCUGUCAGCUGCAGGAAGCUGCUGGCGGAUACACUUGCAAGCGGAGAUGUGGAGAAAUCACUGAAGUACUCUUUCAUCAUGGCUCAUCCUAUUGCUUCUAACCAGCUCAGAGACAAAGCAGCCCAGCCAGAAAAGCCCAAUAAACUUACCCUGGAAUCCAUUGAUAUGUCUCCUGAAGGAACGGUGCUCUACUAUAAAGCUGGCUUCAAUCAGAUGCUGAAUCACCAUAGUAGAGAGGGUAUUAUCAACCAGAAUCAGCAGGCGAGUCUGAAGUCCUGGGUGUCCAAAAAGAAGUACCUGGACCCGAAAACCCCAGAGUACAAGGACAUCCUUGCAGCCAUCCAGUAACAAAACCUCCACMGGGGAAAUGUUAGUAAAGGGAUAAAAUCAUACUUUUAUAUUCAGCAUAUGAAUACCAUGAAUUCAGUAUAAUCAUAAUGUGAAUCAAUUCUUGUUGAACCUUAUAGGUGAAUGGCAAUUCGACAUUUAUACUGCUGCAUAAUUACUAUACCUUUUUGUUUUUGCUUACAAAGGUAGCCUAUGGCUGUUCAAAACAGAUACAGUAACUUAUGUGCAAGUUGCAUGAGAUAUAAGCUUGCUAAAAGAACAGUAGGUUCUUUACAGUAAACUGUAAAUUGACUUUUCAUUUUGUUUCAUUCAGUACUGUAUACUAUGCUGGGUGGCAAAGUUCAUUUCUCAAUGUCAUAAUAUUUACUGAUGUCAUCAUAUUUACUGAUGUCAUAAUAUUUCACGUUUUUAGUUUCUUAGUAUUGAAUUAUAUAGCCUACUUUCCAUUUUAGUGUAAUGAUCAUGGUAACCUUUUAAAAUCAAAUCAGAUUGUAUUUGUCACAUGCGCAGAAUACAACAGGUGUGGACCUUACAGUGAAAUGCUUACUCA